AUGGGAAAUCGUACAACAGUGACAGUGUUUAUUCUGCUAGGAUUAACAGAUGACCCACAAUGGAAGAUUGUACUUUUUCUUUUUCUGUUCCUCACCUACAUAUUAAGUGUUACUGGAAACUUGACCAUCAUCCUCCUCACUUUAUUGGACUCCCACCUCAAGACUCCCAUGUACUUCUUUCUUCGAAAUUUCUCCUUCUUAGAAAUUUCCUUUACAUCUGUUUGUAUUCCUAAAUUUCUAGUUAGUAUUGCAAGUGGGGACAAAACCAUUACCUAUAAUUGUUGUGCUGCUCAAUUUUUUUUUGUCUUCCUCCUUGGAACAUCUGAAUUUUUCCUUCUGGCUGCCAUGUCCUAUGAUCGUUAUGUUGCCAUUUGCAAGCCCCUGCAUUAUACAACGAUCAUGAACAGCAAAGUCUGCUUCUUGCUUGUUUUUAGCUCUUGGUUCUCUAGUUUUCUGUUUGUUUUUACAGGCCUGCUUCUAGGUCUCCAACUGGAUUUCUGUGACUCCAAUAUCAUUGACCAUUUCUAUUGUGACCUUGAUCCCAUAAUGCAGCUCUCCUGUACAGACACACAUUUUCAUGAGCUUCUUAGUUUCAGUCUAGCUUUAGUAAUAUUGUUAGUCACUUUAACAUUAGUAAUUCUAUCUUAUUCCUACAUUGUCUUGACAAUUCUGAAAAUUCCAUCAGCUAGUCAGAGGAAAAAGGCCUUUUCCACCUGUUCCUCUCAUAUGAUUGUUCUCUCUAUAUCUUAUGGCACCUGCAUUUUCCUAUACAUUAAAACCUCAGUUAAGGAUAGAAUAUCUUUAACCAAGGGAAUAGCCUUACUCAAUACUUCAGUAGCCCCUCUAUUAAACCCUUUUAUUUAUACCUUAAGGAACCAGCAAGUGAAACAAGCAUUUAAGGAUGCAAUCCUGAGAAAAGCUCUUUUCUCAGAGAAAUAG